CCGAUCGGCCCCGCAGGAUUGUGGGAAGGAACCAAGAUGGCCGCCUUCUGAGGAGCCUGUGCUGGUUUGAAGGGCUCGAUGGCGGCCACGUUGUUAUGGGCAGCCGGGCGGAGUCUCCUCGGCCGCAGCUCGCUCACUCCUUGCCGACUCAUCGCAACAAAUCCUCCCACAUUCAAGGUGAGGGAGCCCCCGCAGCCCAAACUGGUUGACCGAUGGACAGAGAAACGAGCACUGUUUGGAGUCUAUGAUAAUAUUGGAAUUCUGGGGGAUUUUUUGGCUCAUCCCAAAAACUUGAUAAAAGGCCCAAAGUGGUUGCGUGGAUGGAAGGGAAAUGAACUGCAAAGAUGCAUCCGCAAAAAGAAAAUGGUGGGUGACCGAAUGUUUGUUCAGGAUUACCACAACCUGAAGAAGAGGAUUAAAUAUUUGUACAAACGUUUUAAUCGUACAGGAAAGCAUCGCUAAGUGUAGCUCUUCAAGAACUGUCAUUUGUCUCUUAGUACAUGGUAUAUUUUUCUAACACUGUGCACUACCUGAAGGAAGUGUUCAGUUAUCUCCCUAUUUUGUUUUCUGAUUGUUUCUUAUUUUAUAUCUAUUUUCCCCUUCAUCGUUAUUUUGUAAUGCACUGAAGUUUCAUCCCCAAAGACCAACAUUGGUUUAAAGAUUUCAAGAUAACAUUUGUUGCAGUUACUGUCAUAUUUUUGGUACAUUAAUGCACAGUGGCUGCUAUGUAUGCCUUCCAUGACUAUUUACAUCUCAAAUAUUUGUUCCUUGUAUUUUCUCUGCUUCAUGCUUAUUUCAGAAUGAAAAAAAAAACUAUAAAGAGAAGACAUCUUUGUUAUAAUACAAAUAUCUGCAAAGAUAUCAAUAAUAAAGUAACAAAAAUAAAA